CCCCCCUCCUCCUCCCCCCUCUCCCCCGACCAAUUCGAGGCCCAACGCGCCGCCCAAUUCGCCGCCUUAACGCAUACCCUCUCCUGGACCCUCCUUUUCGCCUGCCCUGCCAUCGCCGCCCUCCCUCCCCGCAAACUCGACAUCUACACCUUCGGCCUCGGCGCCGUGUGGCUGACCUCCGCCUCGCACAUCACGCACCAGCGGACGGGCCAAGGAAUCUGGAAGAAUGUGGCGAGUAAGGUAGGCGCGCCGGGGGAGCUGCCGACGGAGCGGGCGCGGGAGGUGAAGGCGCGGUUGAGGGCGCAGGAGGAGGUGAGGAGGGAGGGGGUGAGGGGGUUGGGGGAAAUGGAUAGAGGGGAGGGAAAGGGGAAGGGGGUGUUGGAGAGGGUGUGGAUGGGGAAGGAAGAGGAGGGGUGGAAGGAGAAGAGGUUGAGGGAGGAGCGGGAGGCGUUGGAUGAGGGGAGGGGGUAUGGGGAUUUGAUUUUGGGGCAGGUUUGGGAGGUGUGGAAUUGGGGGAAGAAUAGAGAAGGGGAGGGGGAGGAUGAGGGGAAGAAGGAU